ACCACGCUUCUGCUUCUGUAAAUUGCUUUUUGCUGCCCUCUUUCCUAUAAAAAGUCCUCCUCCCAGUCUACAGGCGCGCAAGUCCUCCGAAAGACUUUGCCGCCCGCAGGUACCUGUGUCUACCUAAUAAACCUCUUGCAGUUUGCAUCCGACUCGUGGUCUCGGCCUGGUCUGUGGGUCCGGGGUCUCCACCUGAGGGAAGGUCCCUACCGGGGGUCUUUCAUUUGGUGCGUUGGCCGGGAAUUGAAGGCCCCCACCCAGGGACCACCGACCCACCAUCGGGAGGUAAGCUGGCCAGCACCGAUUUGUUAGUCUGUGUCUGCGUCGUUUCUGUGCUUUGUUAACUCUGUACACUCAGAUCUGGGUGCUCUGUAUCUGGCGGGCCCAGGAAGGAGCUGACGAGCUCGGACUUCCACCCCGCAGCCCUGGAAGACGUUCCAAGGGUGUCUGGAGCCCUGAAUUAGGUGGCAGCUUUUUCCGGAGCUCAAUCUGUAUCCCAAAGUCUUGCUUUGCUGACUUGGGUCUGAAUCUGGAGCCUUUUCGGUGCUCAUCUGACGGGCCACAUUCCAAAGGUGGCCGGAGCCUGAUUUUUCACAGUCUCCAUCUGAAGUUUUGCUUUCGGUUUUGCGCCAAAGCCGUGCUGAGCGUCCAUAUUGUUUGUGUCUGAUUGUUGGAUUUUUGUGUUUAAAUAUGUUCUUUGUUUUUGUAUAUCUGUUUGUGCUCGAGUCUAAAUCUGGUACCAUGGGACAAUCGUUAACAACCCCUCUUCACUUAAGAAGGGGGGAAAAUUGGGGUUUUAACUGUUCCUCAGAGACUGGAACUGAUGGUAUUUAGUAACAACAAUGUCUGUCAUUGUACUCUUACUGGAAUUGACCUGAUGAUAUUUGUAACUGCUUAUAGAAGUUGGAAAAGUUUGACACACCCUGUAAAAUGUUGAGCCUCCUCCAUAUGCAGGAUCAGAUAGCCCAGAGGGACCUGAAGCGGCGAUGGCCGAGGGGCCCCCACAAGAAUCCCCGGCCCUCUCACCUAUGGCUGGCCAACAGAGGGACAGACGCGAGCCGCCGCCUGAUUCCACCUCCCACGCCCUUCCCCUCCGAGAGGGUCCGAAUGGGCAGCAACAGUACUGGCCAUUCUCAGCUUCUGAUCUCUAUAACUGGAAACAGCAUAACCCUUCCUUUUCCAAAAACCCAGUGGCGCUGACUAAUCUAAUCGAGUCUAUUUUAGUCACCCACCAGCCCACCUGGGAUGAUUGCCAGCAACUCUUGCAAGCCCUGCUGACCUCAGAGGAAGAGCAAAGAGUCUUUUUGGAGGCUCGGAGAAACGUUCCAGGCGACAACGGUCACCCAACCCUUUUGCCUAACGAAAUUGACGAGGCCUUCCCUCUGACGCGACCUGAUUGGGACUUCACCACAGCUGCAGGUAAGGGACACCUACGCCUCUAUCGCCAGCUGCUUAUAGCGGGUCUCCGAGGGGCAGCAUGCCGCCCCACUAAUGUGGCUCAGGUAAAGCAAGUGAUACAAGGGAAUGAGAAAACUCCCUCUGCCUUUUUAGAGAGGUUUAAGGAAGCAUACAGAAUGUAUACUCCCUAUGACCCGGGGAACCGGGGCAGGCCAUUAGUGUUUCAAUAUCCUUUAUUUGGCAGUCCAGUCCGGAUAUCAGAAGUAAAUUACAGAGGCUGGAAGGUCUGCAGGGGUAUACAAUACAGGAUCUGCUGAAGAGGCAAAGAAAGAGAGAAGGAAAGGAGAAUUUA